UCUUUUUUUUUUAAUGAAAGAAAGCAUAUUUGUAAAUUGUAAUUGUAGAUUUGACAGAUUGUUACUAACUGUAAUUCUUGGUAAAAAAAAAAAAAAAAGUUAAUUGUAACUGUCAUUGUCUUUGAGACAGAACAAACAGAGGGAAAGAUGAUAGAUGAUAGCGGCCCUGACAGGACAGACAGCAAAACUCAAACUCCAAAGUGAACAGACAACACAAAAAAUGUUAGUACGAAUAAAUAAUACCAGCACCAUGUCUAUUGGCAUAAGCUACAGUCCAAGGCUUACACGUUAUCAACCCAAUUCUCUGGCAUUCCUCUCCUCUUCAUCAUCAUCAUCAUCUUCUUCUUCUUCUUCCUCCUUUUCCUCUAUUAUUGCAGUUAGAUCCCAGUCAACCUCAUCCCCACUCCGUUGCUCACCUCAUCACCUUCUCUCUCUAUCCGGAUCUGAUAUGGAUACAAGUGCUCGCCCAAGUUUGUUCCCUUUGCACCGCUGCAAAACUCUUCACCUGGUGAGGCAUGCUCAGGGGAUCCACAAUGUAGAGGGAGAUAAGAACUAUAAAGCAUACAUGUCUCCGGAAUAUUUUGAUGCACACAUUAAUCCUCCCGGCUGGCAACAGGUUGAUAAUUUGUGUAAGCAUGUCCAUGAAUGUGGCCUUGCUAAGAGGAUUGAUUUAGUCAUUGCAUCCCCUUUGCUAAGGACAUUGCAAACAGCUGUGGGUGUAUUUGGUGGUGAAGGUUACACCGUUAGGACGGAUAUAGUACCACUUAUGGUGGCAAAUACAGGAAAUAGUGGCCGUGCUGCAAUAUCAAGUCUAAAUUGCCCACCAAUUGUUGUGGUAGAACUUUGUCGAGAACAUUUGGGAGUCCAUCCUUGUGAUAAGAGGAGAAAUAUCAGUGACUAUCAGUUUCUUUUUCCUGCAAUUGAUUUCUCACUGAUAGAAAGUGAUGAGGACACAUGGUGGAAGGCUGACAUUAGGGAGACAAAAGAAGAAGUUGCAGCCAGGGGGCUAAAGUUCCUAAACUGGUUGUGGACACGGAAAGAGAAGGAGAUAGCGAUUGUUACUCAUAGUGGGUUCUUGUUUCAUACAUUAAAUGCAUUUGGAAAUGAUUGUCAUCCAUUGGUGAAGAAAGAAAUAUGCAAACACUUUACAAAUUGCGAGCUUCGCUCCAUGGUCAUUGUCGACAGAAGUAUGAUGGGAUUAGACCCCCCAACAACUAAUUAUCCAGGAAAGAUUCCACCGGGACUGGAUCUCCGGAGUGAUGUCGUGGAUGAGAAGACUGAAGAAAGGAGUAUCUGAUACAAAAAUUCCUUUGUCUGAACAUUAUGUUUAAUUAAUGCUUGUGAUUUAACAACACCAUUGUUGGGAACUCAUAGUUAGAUAUGGCUUAUGUUAUUAUAAUUUAAAGAUGCUCCUCACAUAUGGUGAUUUCAGCAUGCGUAUGAGGAAAUUCAACUGUGUUAAUUGAGAUGCACUAGAUUGUAAGAGAUCUUUUGAGAACGAGUUGUUGAAAUUCCAAUGGUUUUCAAAGACAGAAGAGGCUACAGAAGCCUCAGAUUGCAACCAUCUAUAUGUUUUACUACAAAAUUUUUUAUGUGGACAUUCCUAUCAGUUUUACCUUUAUCUGUUACUGAUCAAUUAUAACCUAUCUUUUCUGAAUUUAUUUUAUUGUAAUGGCAGAUUGAUUGUCUAUCAGAAGUCUUGACCUCCUCUUUCUCAGUCUCUCUACCGCUUCCUUACACUAGUAACUCAACAUAUCAAUUUGGGAUUCAAAGCAACCGCAACUCCUUUCCCAUUCUCACCCUCUACUCUAAUGGGGUUGGGAGAGAAGGGCAGUGAAUAAAGUGGCAAGGAGAAGGUUUGUCAAAAUUUGUUUUGAGACUUUGAGUAGAUAAAAUGGUAGGUUGGCAGUUGGGAGUAGUUUUGGAAUACAUAAAUGAAAAGUGAAAACCUUUGCUCGGAGUCAAGGCCUCAAGGACGCCAACUGGAGAAAUAAGGAAUGAUGGGACCAUAUAUAAGAGACAAAUAAAGAAGCACUAGUACCAUAGA